AUGGCACAAGUACCGCAACAGACUCCUCCUAUCCAGACCCAAAAUCUCUCGUCGAACUCUCCUCCUACAUCAACCGCUUCCUCCCCGGCCUCAAUAUCUCAUAAGCGGCACCAAUCUCCACUCUCUCUCGACCUGUCCUUCCUACCACCACUUUCGCAACCCGCACCCCCCUCCAACACCCUCCUGAUCACUCGUCUCGAUGACCCCAAGAUCUUCCACCCUGCUUCUCUCGCUACGAUCAGACAGCACAUCACCGAGAUCGCGCCUUUGAAUUCCUUCUCGCCCCUGAAAUCCUUACACCGCAUCAUCUGUUCAUUCUACGACGUCGAUGCCGCAAUCGCUGUGCGUCAAGUAUUCGACGGAUCUGCGAUCCUGGGAAAUACCGUGGCAAAAUGCUACUUUGGGGAACCCACUCCAAUCGGCGAUGAAAAGAAAUAUCUUGAACGUCCAGAUGCCGGACGCUUGUUCUUCAUCAGCCCUCCGCCUAGUCCUCCGAUCGGCUGGGAGAUGAGGCGUGAAGAUCCCCCGAACAAAGAAGUCCACGCCGGAGAUCUAGCAUCCAAGUUAGAGAAAUUGAGUGGCAAGAUAACCACCCCCAUUGAAGAUUCUUCUGAAGAUGAGUCCAAGAUGCAAUAUUCAGCUGAGGCUUUGCAGAAGUUGAAGGCAACACGCGCACAGGUGUUCUCGGGGAUCUCGGCUGAAGAUUCUCCCACAGACUCAUCACCAAAGAAACAUCGGAGCCGAAGCUCGACGUUGAUCUAUGACCCCAAGGCUCAUGGUGACAGCCCAGCUCUUCCGGCCGUCAUGCUCGAGACCGAAGAUGACUCGGACGUUGAACUGGAAGCCCCGGGGAAGCGAGUUAUGGCCCAUACCGCUCGGCCACCAGUUGAACUAAUGAAAUCGUGA